GGGGGAGCCGCCGUUUAGUUUGACAGAGCUGCGUAGUUAGCGUUCGCUCUUCUCAGUCCUGUCCGAGCAGCAGCCGACCGAAAGAAACAGCGAAACACCAGCCGGCUUGUCUGUCUGUUAGCCCCGCUAGCCUAUCCGAGCCAGCUAGCCAGCUAGCCACCAGCCGCUAGCGUUCUCUUGCCUCCUCCCUCAGCGCCCACAGAACCGAACCUGCCCGGCUGGAGGACCAUGGCGAUGAGACAGACUCCGCUCACCUGCUCCGGUCACACCCGGCCUGUGGUGGACCUGGCCUUCAGUGGAAUCACUCCCUACGGCUAUUUCCUCAUCAGCGCCUGCAAGGAUGGCAAGCCCAUGUUGCGCCAGGGAGACACAGGGGACUGGAUAGGAACGUUUCUGGGUCACAAAGGCGCUGUCUGGGGAGCCACUCUGAACACAGACGCCACCAAGGCAGCCACCGCCGCGGCUGACUUCACAGCAAAGGUGUGGGAUGCAGUGAGUGGAGACGAGAUCCUCACGUUGGCGCACAAACACAUCGUCAAGACUGUCAACUUCACUCAGGACAGCAGCUGCCUGCUGACUGGAGGAAACGACAAGCUGCUGCGCAUCUAUGAUCUCAGCAACCCCGAUGCAGCACCUCAGGAGAUCGCAGGUCACACUUCAGCCAUCAAAAAAGCCUUGUGGUACAACAACGACAAGCAGAUCCUCUCUGCUGCUGAGGACAAAACCAUACGACUUUGGGACAGAAGCUCCAUGCAGGAGGUGAAGACGCUGACGUUCGACACUUCUGUGAGCAGCAUGGAGUACAUGACUGAUGGAGACAUUCUUGUGAUCACGUAUGGAAAGACGAUCGCUUUCUACAAUGCACUGAGCCUGGAUUUGAUCAAGUCGGUGGAGGCCCCAGCUCCCAUCAACUCAGCCUCCCUCCACCCAGAGAAGGAUUUCUUUGUUGCCGGUGGAGACGACUUCAAGCUCUACAAAUUUGACUACAGCAACAAGGAAGAGCUAGAGUCCUAUAAGGGUCACUUUGGUCCAGUGCACUGUGUUCGCUUCAGUCCGGAUGGUGAGCUGUACGCCAGCGGCUCCGAGGACGGCACGCUCCGACUGUGGCAGACCGCUGUGGGGAAAACAUACGGCCUGUGGAAGUGUGUCCUUCCUGAGGACCUGGGGGCAGAGAACUCUGAGCAGCUGUACACCUCGCCCCCUGAGAUCAAAGCCUGAGCAGAGAGCAGUGCUGUUUGGAAACAGGACCAGAAGAGACGAGGAGAUGAGUGGAGGGGUGCUCCAGCGUUCUGUCAGGCCCCAGCAAGGAGCAGAGUCCAGAACAUUUUGAUCCAUCAGAGCCUGAUGUGGAUAUUAUGACUGCCCUGUCUGUCAUAGACCAACACACACACACACACACUGAUUUUAUGCAGUCAUAUGGACAGUAUGGUCUGCAGAGUAAAGCAGUAGAGCUGUGAGUGUGGGCUCAUCGCUGCCUGCUUACUCUCUGAUCAGUCCACUUCUGUCUGUCUGCUUAAACUUAGCUUAACUAAUCUAAAGCCUUGAACCCCAAACCCCGCCAAACCACAUGAUGCUAACAUUGGUUCUGGUUUCAUAGUUACCGUAUUUAAUGAGCUGGACCAUGGCUUCUGUUUUCAGUUCAGUUCCAAGAAUACUAGCGGUUGUUGCACAGUUUGUGCUAAAGUUAAGAGCCAUUUUAUUUCUUCAGAAACAUUGCUUUGAGUAUCUGCUGUUGUACUGGUUGAGUAUAUAAAGUUAAGUGUCCAAAUAAAAGAGAAUAUUGUUUUGUGACGACGUGGAAAGGGAAGAAAUGUCACCUUUAUUUUUAUUUUUUUCCAUUUCAGUUUUGUCCUCAUUUGUGUCCAAUGGUGAACAAAUAAACAAACGCAUUACUGUUUUAUUUCUAAGUAAUGCACCAAGAGCAAA